CUUAACAUUAAAAGUGUUAGCAAACUCACACAUUAAACUACAAUUAAACGAAAAAGAUCAGAAAAAUGAGCAAGAAAGAAAUAUCUUUAGCCACCGUUAAGGAACACAACAAGCCCGAAGAUUUGUGGGUUAUCAUUGAGGAUAAAGUGUAUGAUGUGACGAAAUUUCAGAAUGAGCAUCCUGGUGGUGAGGACUCUCUAAUCGAAGUGGCUGGCCGUGACGGCACAAGGGAGUUUCUAAUGGCUGGCCACAGCUCUGAGGCCAGAGAGAUAAUGGUAAAAUAUUACUUGGGCGAUUUGGCAGCCAGCGAUAGAAAAAAGAAAUGUCCAGUUAGUUGCAAAGGAAUCGGUCUGACCAUUGGCGCCGUCGUUUUGGGCAUUACAUUAGUUUAUGUCCUAAAGCGAGGAUUAAACAAAAAUUAAUAUGCACACUAUUGCUGACACUUGACACUACACGACGGAUUGAUAUCUACAAAUAUGUGCUGCAACAUCAUUCCGUGUCCAAAGUAAUUAGAAGCUACUGCAAUAUCCUAUAUAUACAUUUAUCAUGCCUAAAAUUUGUUAAUGCAUUAUUGUUCAGGAAUUUUCGUGUACAAACUGAAAUGAAUUGUAUAAAUUUUUUAUAUUAUAUGAGAAAUAUUUCUAUUAA